AUGUCGUAUUAUAACAGAUACAGGAACAGGAAAAAGUUCGACGGUUCUGGGACUUCUUCGAGCAAUGGAGGCGGAUCUGGUGGAUUGGCGGCAACGGAGGCAGUCUUUGACCUGGGAAAGAACAAGCGGGUCACGGUCAGGCAGUUCAGGAAUGUCAACCUGAUCGACAUUCGGGAAUACUACAUGGACACUUCCACGGGAGAGAUGAAGCCCGGCAAGAAAGGCAUUUCGCUGACAGAGGACCUUUACGACGAAUUGCUGAAGCAUAGACUCAACAUCGACGAGGCAUUGAGACGGUUUGGGUCCAAGAGACCUAGAACCAAGACCGUUCGUUUGCUCUCGGAUGAUGAGGAAGAAUCGGGCGCCCAGGCGGACGUCAAAGAGGCCGAUUCCUCUGCGACGGGUCAUGACGACGACAACGCAACUUCCUCUAGCAGCAAGAGAAAGAAACCUGCGCCACCGACGCUGUUGCCGCAGGAGGAGAAGAGGCAGAACGAUGAGAGAGAGGCCAAUGCACCGCUCGUCGUGCCCGGACUUGCUAAGAAGAGACCUCCAGCUCCAGAUGCUAAUGCUGCGCAACCGAGACUGAAAGAAGACGAUGAAGACGCGGGGAACGCCAUUGAUGAAGAGUUUGUUCAGAAUCUCGAAGCAGAGAUGAACAGACCAGACGAUGAAGUCUCCGAGGAAGAGUAA